AUGACUCCACUUCCAUGGCCAAGCUUGCUGCGGCUCUUAAUCCUUUUGCCGUGGACUUGGUCCACCAAUUCAUCUUCUUCUUAUUGUGAAUGGACUUAUGUCAAAUGCGACAGUUCCAAGCACGUUCUAGAGAUUGACCUCCAAGCCAGGACUCUCAGUGGUUCUUUGCCAUCCCAAUUCCCUCCUUUCCCUUUCCUUCAAGUCCUUGAUCUUUCAAAGAAUAAGUUAACUGGUUCUCUUCCUUCUUUAAACAAACUCCCUUUCUUGAAGAGACUUUACCUAAAUAUCAACAACUUCACAAGAAUCCCGCCAGGCUUUUUUCAAGGACUGUCUAGCAGUUUGCAGCUCUUGAUGCUUGGUGGUAAUCCCUUUCUCAGUACCUGGAUGAUACCCCUUGAAUUAACCAAGUUGGGCAAUCUUACAGCAUUCUCUGCUUAUAAUACAAAUUUGGGAGGUUCUAUUCCAGACAUUUUCUAUUCUCUAGCUUUAACAAAUCUGAGCCUUCAUGACAAUAACCUGACUGGAUCUUUGCCACCCUCCUUUUCGAGAUCCCAGAUUAAAGAUUUGCAGCUCCAAAAUCAGCAGGUAGGGCUGACAGGAACCAUUGAUCUAUUGUCAAGCAUGACUUCUUUGUACGGUGUUAACCUAGGAUUCAAUCAAUUUACAGGCCCCAUCCCGGAUUUAUCUAAUUGCAAAAGUUUGGAAUUAUUAGACUUGCGUAACAAUAAUCUCACAGGAGUUUUCCCCCGAUCUCUAGCUUCUCAUCCUAGUUUAGUAGUCAUCUUCUUCGAUGACAACAAGUUGCAGGGCCCUUUCCCAAUUUAUAUGUUCCUUCAUAAGUUUGCCAGUGUCGACAAUAAUAAUUUCUGCACAAACACAGCAGGCUCGUGUGAUAGUCAAGUUACAAUAUUGCUUGAGAUUGCGAGCGCUUGGAUGUAUCCUUAUGAGUUAUCCGUAGCUUGGGAAGGAAAUGAUGCAUGUAAAAGUUGGUCAUUUGUGACAUGCGACUCAGAGAAAAAUAUUACAGUAAUCGAUCUUUAG